AUGGUUAAUGUUAAGAACCUCUCCCAGAAGAGAGAGACUGUCCCCGUCUUCAAGAACUUCUCCCAGAAGAAAGAGACUGUCCCCGUCUUCAAGAACUUCUUCCAAAAGAGAGAGACUGUCCCCAUCUUCAAGAACUUCUCCCAGAAGAAAGAGACUGUCCCCGUCUUCAAGAACUUCUCCCAGAAGAGAGAGACUGUCCCCAUCUUCAAGAACUUUUCUCAGAAGAGAGAGACUGUCCCCGUCUUCAAGAACUUCUCCCAGAAGAGAGAGACUGUCCCCGUCUUCAAGAACUUCUCCCGGAAGAGAGAGACUGUCCCCGUCUUCAAGAACUUCUCCCGGAAGAGAGAGACUGUCCCCAUCUUCAAGAACUUCUUCCGGAAGAGAGAGACUGUCACAGUCUUCAAGAACUUCUCCCAGAAGAGAGAGACUGACCCCGUCUUCAAGAACUUCUCCCGGAAGAGAGAGACUGUCCUCGUCUUCAAGAACUUCUUCCGGAAGAGAAAGACUGUCAGUCUUCAAGAACUUCUCCCAGAAGAGAGAGACUGUCCCCGUCUUCAAGAACUUCUUCCGGAAGAGAGAGACUGUCCCCGUUUUCAAGAACUUCUCCCAGAAGAGAGAGACUAUCCCCGUCUUCAAGAACUUCUCCCGGAAGAGAGAGACAGUCCCCGUCUUCAAGAACUUCUCCCGGAAGAGAGAGACUGUCCCCGUCUUCAAGAACUUCUUCCGGAAGAGAGAGACUGUCACAGUCUUCAAGAACUUCUCCCGGAAGAGAAGAGGCUGUCCCCCGUCUUCAAGAACUUCUUCCGGAAGAGAGAGACUGUCACAGUCUUCAAGAACUUCUCCCAGAAGAGAGAGACUGACCCCGUCUUCAAGAACUUCUCCCGGAAGAGAGAGACUGUCCCCGUCUUCAAGAACUUCUCCCGGAACGAGAGAGAGCUGUCCCCGUCUUCAAGAACUUCUCCCGGAAGAGAGAGACUGUCCCCGUCUUCAAGAACUUCUCCCAGAAGAGAGAGACUGACCCCGUCUUCAAGAACUUCUCCCGGAAGAGAGAGACUGUCCCCGUCUUCAAGAACUUCUCCCGGAAGAGAGAGACUGUCCCCGUCUUCAAGAACUUCUCCCGGAAGAGAGAGACUGUCCCCGUCUUCAAGAACUUCUCCCGGAAGAGAGAGACUGUCCCCGUCUUCAAGAACUUCUCCCAGAAGAGAGAGACCUGACCCACGUCUCAAGAACUUCUCCCGGAAGAGAGAGACUGUCCCGUCUUCAAGAACUUCUCCCGGAAGAGAGAGACUGUCCUCCCCCGGUCUUCAAGAACUUCUCCCGGAAGGAAGAGAGACUGUCCCCGUCUUCAAGAACUUCUUCCGGAAGAGAGAGACUGUCACAGUCUUCAAGAACUUCUCCCAGAAGAGAGAGACUGACCCCGUCUUCAAGAACUUCUCCCAGAAGAGAGAGACUGUCCCCGUCUUCAAGAACUUCUCCCGGAAGAGAGAGACUGUCCCCGUCUUCAAGACUUCUCCUAGAAGAAGAGGCGACUGUUCCCCGUCUUCAAGAACUUCUUCCCAGAAGAGAGAGACUGUCCCCGUCUUCAAGAACUUCUCCCGGAAGAGAGAGACUGUCCCCUUCUUCAAGAACUUCUCCCAGAAGAGAGAGACUGUCCCCGUCUUCAAGAACUUCUCCCAAAAGAGAGAGACUUUCCCAGUCUUCAAGAACUUCUCCCAUUAG